AUGGUAACACACAAGGAAAACGAACACCAAUCCAACGUCCCCAGAAAACUUAAUUCGCGCAGGCUUUUUCCUUUUCCUGCAGUAAGAAAGUUUGGCAGGUUGCCUCGGUUUAUCCGCCGCGUAUUUAAAAACAAGAAGGCAAGAGAGUCGUCUAAACAUCUCCAGGCUCAAACCGUGGAUUCAUUAUCCGAACAUCUUGACAGUCAAACAGUGAAUUUGAAUAAUCUUGGCCAGGAGCAAUCAAGUUUAUCAUUCGAGCAAAGUUCUCAUCAAUCAGUUUACCAUAGUGACACCCCACUUCUAGAAUCGCAAGAACACCCGCAGCAAACAGUUACCCCAGCCAAUGAUUACUCCAAGCAGACAACGAACUCAGCCAAACUUGCCGGGGAAGACAGAAACAUGACGGACGGGAAAAGUCACGUGGGUCAGGCAGGGAGAGUUGCCAGUUGGGCUGUCCACUUUGAUCGACUGUUGCAAGACCCGCUGGGAGUCAACAUCUUCACAAAAUUUCUGGAAAGAGAGUUCAGCGAUGAAAACAUGAGAUUCUGGCAAGUUUGUCAGCGGUUCCGUGGCUUAGCUGACCAGCGGCAGCAACAAGCUUUAGCACAUGACAUCUACAGUGGUCACAUAGCAGAACAAGCCAGCGACCCAGUAAAUAUCGACAACGCGACUAGGUCACACACAGAACAGUUUCUAGACUCUCCAACUUCCGCCAUGUUUGAUGUGGCACAAAAUCAGAUCCGACAGUUGAUGAAACUGGACAGUUACCCACGAUUCCUGAAAUCAGAUCUGUACAAGAAUAUGUUGGUUGAAGAAAUGAGAGGCAACAUUUUUCACGAACCUGAACAGACAGGACAGAGGAAACAUAAGAAGAAACAGGUUA